UGGCUGCAAAGGCUGGGGGACAAGUUGCAGGUGGCCUGCUGCAAGUGAGCGCACGAUCCAUUUACUGCAAUAUCUCUACCUUAAGGCAUAUAAGCUCAUGUCAACAAAGAAAAUCACCAGCCCCUUCGGCAUCUGCAUCUCCUCUUAACAGAUACGCAGAGAAGAGGCAGCCUAGCCACUUCCAGGGAAAGGAUGUUCUACCAUUUUCCGAGUUUCUCACUGACUCUUUUGGCCGACAGCACACAUAUUUGAGGAUUUCACUGACUGAGAGAUGCAAUCUGAGAUGUCAAUACUGUAUGCCAGAGGAAGGAGUGGAUUUAACCCCCAAGAAUAAACUUCUGUCCACAGAAGAGAUAAUAACCCUUAGUAGGCUAUUUGUAAAGGAGGGGAUUGAGAAAAUCAGACUAACAGGAGGAGAGCCACUCAUCCGAAAAGAUUUGUUAGAAAUUAUAGGUGCACUAGAUACUUUAAGAGAUGCUGGUUUACAGAAAAUAUCAAUAACAACAAAUGCAUUGACAUUAUCCAAGAAAUUACAACAGCUAAAGACUGCUGGACUCGAUCAAAUUAAUAUCAGUCUAGACACACUUCUUCCUGCCAAGUUUGAAUUUAUCACUAGAAGAAAAGGAUGGAAUAAGGUGAUUGAAGGGAUUGAUGCAGCUCUUGAGGAAGAAAUGCAUCCCGUAAAGGUAAACUGUGUAGUGAUGAGAGGGAUCAAUGAAGAGGAAAUCUGUGAUUUUGUACAAUGGACCCAAGACAAGGCAAUUGAUGUACGGUUCAUUGAAUAUAUGCCAUUUGAUGGGAAUAAGUGGAAUUCUAAGAAGAUGGUUCCAUAUCAAGAAAUGUUAGGUAUCAUCAGAGCUAGGUGGCCAGACCUGGAGAGGUUGAGUGAUGAAGUCUCUGAUACUUCCAAGGCUUAUCGGGUCCCAGGUUUUGCUGGUCAGAUCGGCUUCAUUACCUCAAUGAGUGAUAAUUUUUGUGGAGGAUGCAAUAGGGUCAGAAUUACUGCUGAUGGCAAUUUAAAGGUGUGUUUAUUUGGAAAUGCUGAGGUGUCUCUGAGGGAUGCUCUGAGAUCAGGCACAUCUGAGGCAGAGCUCUUGGAAAUAAUUGGAGCUGCAGUGAAGAGAAAGAAGAAGCAACAUGCAGGCAUGUUGUCCCUAGCAAAAAUGAAGAACAGACCAAUGAUUUUGAUUGAUAACAAACACCAAACUGUGAUGCCAAAAUAUACUGCAAAAUACGCACAGUGUCAUAUCAAGAGUGCUACCGAAGGCAUGAAGAGUCCCAUUUAUAACAUUAAACUCUGUCCAUUACCUGGACAGGGAUUUGUAUUUUAUUCAGAGAAUUCUUAUAUGCAAACUCAGUAUGAUGGUGUUUCUUGUCGACAUUACUCAAAGAAAACGAGUAACGUCAGUGGGGACAAGGAGCACCAUCAGGAUACCAAAGAGAAAGAUCAACAGAAGCAAUAUACAAAUUUAGAAAGUGACGGUGUGACUGACAUUGACACCAUGAAGUACUGGGGGAGUGAUUACUAUACUUUUGUUAACACAAAUAAUCAAAAGAAAUUGAAAGGUGCUGACAGUGGAAUGAACCCUCCACAUGCAUUUGUCCAAAAUAAUAAUCCAUCCAAGUAUUCAGAUGUUGAUACCACAUACAGUGAACAUUACAACAGGAUUUCCCAGCUGCCAUCAGAAAUUGAUGUCCCUGAAUUGACCCACAUUGAUCAGGAGGGCAAGGCACAGAUGGUUUCUGUUGGUCACAAGAAGGACACACUGAGAACAGCCACAGCAUCAGGUGUAAUCACAGUGGGAAAAGAAGUGUUCCACCUCAUAGAAUCCAACCAGGUGAAAAAGGGCGAUGUGUUGACUGUGGCAAAACUAGCUGGGAUCAUGGGUGCAAAACAGUGUUCAAACUUAAUCCCACUGUGCCACAACAUUCCUUUAAAUUCCAUUGAGGUAGAGCUCAGUUUGGAUGCAGUCUCUCACAGUAUUCUCAUUGAGGCAACUGUUUCCUCUUCUGGAAAAACUGGUGUUGAGAUGGAGGCUCUCACUGGAGUCACCAUUGCUGCCUUGACUGUGUAUGAUAUGUGUAAGGCUGUCACGCACAAGAUGGUCAUCCAUGACAUCAAAUUAUUGUCUAAAUCUGGUGGUCAGAGAGGAGACUAUAAAUAUAAGUAAUACUGUUGUGAUGAACUGUGAAACAGUAUAUUUUUAAAAAAAACAAUAUCAUGUGUUGACAACAAUCAGGUAGACAGGGAAAAGUAAAUAGUUCAAAUAUUAGUAAAAUUGUUAUACUGAAAAAAGAUUAAAGAAUUUUAAUUGUAGAUAAAGUCGGUGAGACAGGGGAAUGAGAGUAAACUUUUAGCAUUUAAAGAGUGUUUCAAAUAUUUGACAUGUUUUUAAAAAGCUAUUUUUAUAAAUUAAAUGUUAAAUUAAGUUUUUAAAGGAUCUAUUUUGGUUCCAUUAUGGUGUUGUUCAGCAGGGGUAUGUCAGAAAAACAUGUUUAAAGUGGGUAAUGUUUGCAUGUCUUCCUAGUGACUUUUCAUUUUAUUGGUAUAAAUCAAAAAAUAAUAUCAUGUUACUCAUUACUAAAAAUUGUUUUGUAUUUAAAAAUUCUGAAGUUAAAACCUCUGGUAAAAAAAUUGUUUUUGAUAGAUAUAAUUGAUUUUGAUAUUAGUUGACAGUGAAAUGUCAAUUGAAUUUUUAAAAUUUUGUUGAUAGUUAUUUUACAAUAUUCAGAAAAAGAGAUUUUCAAAAUUGCAUUUAUAUUUUAUUAAAAAAAGAGAUUCUGUGUGUUAUGGGUUGUGGGUUAAUAUGGAAUUGCUUAUGAUGGAAUCACUGAAAUUGAUUGACUUAACCAUUAUUACUCCCUCUUAUAUUUAAACUGUAAGUGAGUGAGUGGAGAUUGUGCUAUGGACAAACAAUAAGAAAGUGACAACAACAUUGUUACUUAACUGGGCAUUUAGAUACCAUGGUCAAAGAAAUGGCUCAUUUGAUUGAUGAACUUCAUAUCAAAUUCUCUGCCAGUAACUGUAAUUACAUGUAUUACUAGGAUCUCAGAUGCAUGUUAAAAUUAUUGUAGUAAAGGGAUUUAUUACUCCUUCAAAAUUGCUUUGUGAGUGGAAGUUGAAACUGUGGGAAAGAUGGGUUCCUUUGCAAAAGAGGUCUUAAGAGUAUUUUAAUAUAAUGUUUUGGGAUUUUUGUAUGAAGUGACGGCUGGUAGAAGGUGAAAAUGGUUUGGCACACAUCUGGGACAAAUUCAAAUUCCACGAAAUUCUACCAUGAUAGAUUUGUAAAAGAUUUAAGUGAUAUCAGACACACUAUUUUAGCUGUCUUGCUUUUUAUUUUGAUUAAUUUUAUUUUUAGAAACGGGCUUUUUAAUGAUUAAUUAUUUAUAGGUUGUGAACACUGUCCGUAUGUUAGCUGUUAACAAAGUAAAUUAAUAGGAAAAUUGGGUUUCCAUUAUCAGUUUCAAUAAUAAACAGUGAACAAAGCA